UAUCAUUUCCUUGGUGGGUAACAUCAUCAAAACUUGCUUUAUGAUUAUAUCAGAUCUAAACCUAAAAUGGAAGAAGCCAAAAGCCAAAGUUUGGAGGAAGACUUUGAAGGACAGGCCACACAUACAGGACCCAAAGGAGUAAUAAAUGAUUGGAGAAAGUUUAAAUUAGAGAGUGAAGAUGAUGAUUCAGUUCCACCUAGAAAGAAGGAGAUUCUCAGACAGAUGUCUUCUCCUCAGAGUAGAGAUGACAAAGACUCAAAAGAAAGAUUCAGCAGAAAGAUGAGCAUUCAAGAAUAUGAAUUAAUUCACCAAGAUAAAGAAGAUGAAAAUUCCCUUCGUAAAUACCGUAGACAAUGCAUGCAGGAUAUGCACCAGAAGCUGAGUUUUGGGCCUAGAUAUGGGUUUGUGUAUGAGCUGGAAACUGGGGAGCAAUUCCUGGAAACCAUUGAAAAGGAGCAGAAAAUCACCACAAUUGUUGUUCAUAUUUAUGAAGAUGGCAUUAAGGGUUGUGAUGCUCUAAACAGUAGCUUUACAUGCCUUGCAGCUGAAUACCCUAUAGUCAAGUUUUGUAAAAUAAAAGCUUCUAAUACAGGUGCGGGGGACCGCUUUUCCUCAGAUGUACUCCCCACACUGCUCGUCUACAAAGGUGGGGAACUCAUAAGCAAUUUUAUUAGUGUUACAGAACAGUUUGCCGAAGAAUUUUUUGCUGGGGAUGUGGAGUCUUUCCUAAAUGAAUAUGGGUUACUACCUGAAAGAGAGACACAUGCCCUAGAUCAGACCAACAUGGAAGAAGAUACUGAAUAAACAGUCAUUAUGUCAACAUUUCAUAUUUCUCCUUUACAAGUUGAAUAUUGAUUUUGGUAGUAUCCAUAUUCCUUUAGAGAACACCAAGUAUGGCCAUGGCUAUUUUAAUUUGUGAGAAAAAAAGAUUGAUGCUAAAAUUAUUUGAUUAGCAUUACUUAAAUGAAUAGAAGGCUUUACUACAAAAUAUUGUAGUCUUUAGCAACAUGUUAGUAGACAAAGAGGCUAUGAAUAAUAUUGUGACAGUUUUUAAAAAUUCCUUUCAGGUUAUGUGUUGGCUUUCUUACUCCUUGUUUUUUCCUCAGUGGUAUUAUUUGGACUUUUCAAAUUACAUUAUCAAUCAUAAUUUUGCUUGUGUGAUAAGAAUAAAGUCUCAUGAGGAAAUAA